GUCAUCAAUGUAUGCCGACGUGAGCAGCAUGGAGCAGCUGAGGCGUUUUUGACCUUCCAAAAUCAUUCCUUCAAAGUAGUUUCGGAUUGAAUACAGCUCUCCACCAUGUUGGUCCAUGCUAGAUGGAUCAUCGGCAGAGUCAUAGGGACCAAAAUGCACAAAACUGCCAAAGUGAGAGUCACAAGGCUGGUGAUGGACCCUUACCUGCUCAAGUACUACAACAAGAGGAAGACCUACUUUGCCCAUGAUGCUUUGCAACAGUGCACUGUGGGAGAUGUCGUCCUUCUCAAGGCUCUGCCUCAGCCCAGGUCCAAGCACGUGAAGCAUGAACUGUCUGAGAUAGUGCAUAAAGUCGGCCGGGUGGUCGACCCACUGACAGGAAAGAGAGUUGAAGCUAGUGAGUAUAUGGAGCCUCUGACUGACCUUCAGCUCAGCCUGGGAGAGGACGCGACGUUAUCAGAAAAACUGCAGCAGCUCAACAUCUCUGCCGCCUCCAGUGGAGCUGAAUCCCCACCAGCACAAACUCCAUCUUCAUGAUGGAAAACGGCUGUUUUUUCAGUAAUGUUAUCUUAAAUGUCACUCUGCAAUUUUGUUUCUGUUUCAGGUGUUAAUGUAAAUAUAAACGUAUAAACCUGUCAUCAAUAUAUACAAAUGAAUGUGGAAAAUACAUUUUCUUUGCUACCUGCUCAGGUAGUUUUGAAUGAAAGACACAUUUUUGAGGAAUUUACAAUAAAAUGACAAUAAGAGGG